AUGAAGAAUGAACAGCAACCUCGGUCUUUGUUUGGAAUUUCUCUUACCGAUAGACCAAGAUGGAAACAGUUCCUCAUAUGCUCUUCUGGGUUUUUCUUCGGCUAUCUUGUUAAUGGCAUAUGUGAGGAAUAUGUGUACAACAGGCUCCAGUUCAGCUAUGGCUGGUACUUCACAUUUGUUCAGAGCUUUGUGUAUGUUUUCUUGAUUUAUCUCCAAGGCUUUACUCCCAAACAAAUGGUGAAUCCAUGGAAGACUUAUGUCAAGCUAUCUGCAGUUCUCAUGGGUUCCCAUGGACUCACCAAAGGGUCUUUGGCUUUUCUUAAUUACCCUGCACAGAUCAUGUUUAAAUCCACCAAGGUUCUUCCAGUGAUGGUGAUGGGUGCAUUUAUACCGGGUUUGAGACGAAAAUAUCCAGCUCAUGAAUAUGUAUCUGCACUACUUUUAGUCGUGGGUUUGAUCCUUUUCACUCUAGCAGAUGCAAAAACUUCACCUAAUUUCAGCAUCAUCGGUGUUAUGAUGAUAUCCGGUGCUCUAAUCAUGGAUGCCUUUCUUGGUAACUUACAAGAAGCUAUCUUUACCUUGAGUCCUGAAACAACACAGAUGGAGAUGUUGUUUUGCUCGAGUGUGGUAGGACUCCCUUUCUUGGUCCCUCCCAUGGUUUUGACAGGUGAAUUAUUCAAGGCAUGGAAUUCAUGUUCGCAGCAUCCAUAUGUGUACGCUGUGUUAGUCUUUGAAGCCAUGGCUACAUUCAUAGGCCAAGUCUCAGUCCUUUCACUCAUUGCCCUUUUUGGUGCCGCCACCACAGCAAUGGUGACAACCGCAAGAAAGGCAGUAACAUUACUCCUAUCAUACUUGAUAUUCACAAAGCCAUUAACUGAACAGCAUGGGACUGGACUUUUGCUCAUAGCCAUGGGGAUUACAUUGAAGCUUUUGCCUGAUAAAAAUCCUUACAAGAGGAGCUCAACCUCAUCCACUCAGAAGCCUAAGAUUGAGAAACCCACUACAAAUUACGAAGAAGAGACAGUAUUUCAAUUAGAAAUUGAAGCUGAAGAAGAUGAAGAGAGGAGGCCACUGGUGUAG